AUGGCUACUCAAGAAAUCCCAACCUUUAAAUUGGUCCUCGUUGGUGACGGUGGUACCGGAAAGACCACUUUUGUCAAGAGACACUUGACCGGUGAGUUCGAAAAGAAGUACAUUGCUACUUUGGGUGUCGAAGUCCAUCCUUUGGGAUUCCACACCAACUACGGUGAAUUGAAGUUCGACGUGUGGGACACUGCUGGCCAAGAGAAGUUUGGUGGCUUGAGAGAUGGUUACUACAUUAACGGACAAUGUGGUAUCAUCAUGUUCGAUGUCACCUCAAGAAUUACCUACAAGAACGUUCCUAACUGGCACAGAGACUUGGUUAGAGUUUGUGAAAACAUUCCAAUUGUCUUGUGUGGUAACAAGGUCGAUGUCAAGGAACGUAAGGUCAAGGCUAGAACCAUCACUUUCCACAGAAAGAAGAACUUGCAGUACUACGAUAUUUCUGCAAAGUCCAACUACAACUUCGAGAAGCCUUUCCUUUGGUUGGCCAGAAAGUUGGUUGGUAACCCACAGUUGGAGUUUGUUGCUUCGCCAGCUUUGGCUCCUCCAGAAGUCCAAGUCGAUGCCGACUUGAUGCAAAAGUACCAACAGGAAAUGGAACAGGCUACUGCUUUGCCAUUGCCUGAUGAAGAUGACGCUGACUUGUAA